AUGUUCCGGCAAACAUUAGUCCAUCCCUCUGAUACCGACUAUCAGAGGAUAGUAUGGCGCCCCUGUCCUGAUGGCCCAAUAGUGCAUGGCAGGUUACUCACCGUUACUUACGGACAGAAACCAUCACCUUAUCUAGCCAAACGCUCUGUGAAACAGUUAUGUAUUGACGAAGGGGCAAGGUUUCCACUAGCUGUGUUGGUGCUCGAUGAGAGCACGUACGUCGACGACGCACUGUUUGGAGCGUACAAACAAUCUCAAAUACUUGAAAUGCGCGAUCAAUUAAAUAAUUUAUUGAAAUUAGGAGGCUUCCAGCUGAGAAAAUGGGCGUCUAGCCAUGAGGAGCUUCUCACUGAUGUGCCUAUAAGUGAACGUCUGGAUCUCUCUAGUGUGUCCUUUCAAGAAGACGCUUCUAUAAAGGCGCUAGGCUUGUCUUGGAAUCCUUCCAACGACUCCUUUUCAUUCUCGCUCAAGUUUUGCAAGCCUAAAGAGGCUUCAAAACGAUCAGUGUUGUCAAUUAUUUUACGCAUUUUUGACCCAUUAGGCUUGAUCGCUCCCGUGGUAGUUUCCGCAAAAAUCUUUCUUCAGGAGCUGUGGAUGCGAAGACUCGAUUGGGAUACACCCUUGCCCACCGACCUAUUAGAGUGGUGGGAUACAUAUUACUGCGGCUUACAGCAGCUACGAGAGAUCUCUAUCCCUCGGUGGACUACGCAGGGCCCAGAAGUUUUAGGUCUUGAACUACACGGAUUCUCAGACGCUUCCAGCCGAGCGUAUGCUGCUGUAGUUUACAUUAGAGUAAUAACCUCCAUGGAUCAAUUUGACGUAAUUCUGCUGAUUUGUAAAACCAAAGUUGCACCUAUUAAAACUGUUAGCAUCCCCAGACUAGAACUCUGCGCUGCUGCACUGCUCGCUCGACUCGUUAAAUUCGUACAAGUUGCUCUUAAAUUACUAUCCGUGCCGGUGUAUUGCUGGUCGGACUCUAAGAGCAUUCUUGCCUGGCUGCGACAGCACCCGUCCAUCUGGAAAACAUUCGUCGCGAAUCGAGUGUCUGAUAUACAAACGCGAUUACCUUUCGCUAAAUGGGGAUACGUCGAAUCAAAAUUGAACCCUGCUGAUUGCGCCUCCAGAGGAGUAGAAGCUACUACUCUCAGAGGAAAGCAGCUUUGGUGGAAGGGACCCCCUUGGCUCAGCCAACACUCUACUUCGUGGCCGGAGCAUAAUCCUGCGAUGCCGGCAGAGACUAUCCCGGAAAGAAAGAGCGUUCAGGUUCUAACAGUAAAACGCGAGUCUCUCGAAUGGGACUUACCGACGGAAAUCUCUUCGUGGCCACGUCUUCUUUGA